UCUGCCACAUUCCCCGCCUGAGGUAAGGCGAAACGAACUGGUCCUACAUUUUUCCUCUGCUCAAUUAGGAAGAAAUUUGAUUGUCGUAUUUCUAGUGCACACAUAUUCGUAUAUAUGAUCAGAGCGGUCCCUAAAGGACAAUAGUCGGUUGAUCAAUUACAUUUUAACACCAGGCUUUAUCCGCCAGUUGUCUGCUUUCAGGAUACGAUCCCCCUCCCCCACGGCUCCAUCACUAUCACCAUGGCAACAGAGGAGAAGAAACCAGAAACGGAGGCAACUAAAACGUCAUCUGCAUCUGCCAGCCAGAGCAAGUCGGCACCAGUCAAACCCAACUACACCCUGAAAUUCACAUUAGCUGGCCACACAAAAGCUGUUUCGUCUGUGAAGUUCAGUCCCAGUGGAGAAUGGCUCGCCAGUUCAUCUGCUGACAAACUGAUCAAAAUUUGGGGAGCCUACGAUGGAAAGUUUGAGAAAACGAUUUCGGGACACAAACUUGGGAUCUCUGAUGUUGCCUGGUCCUCAGACUCCAACCUCCUGGUUUCAGCAUCUGACGAUAAGACUCUAAAGAUCUGGGAUGUCAGCUCGGGGAAAUGCUUGAAGACGUUAAAAGGCCACAGCAACUACGUCUUCUGCUGCAACUUCAACCCACAGUCCAAUCUCAUCGUCUCUGGAUCGUUUGAUGAGAGCGUUCGAAUAUGGGAUGUAAAGACCGGGAAAUGUUUGAAGACCCUGCCGGCCCAUUCCGACCCAGUCUCUGCAGUCCAUUUCAACAGAGAUGGCUCAUUAAUUGUGUCCAGCAGCUACGAUGGCUUAUGCCGAAUCUGGGACACAGCAUCAGGACAGUGUCUGAAAACACUCAUUGAUGAUGACAAUCCUCCAGUGUCAUUUGUGAAGUUCUCACCAAAUGGCAAAUAUAUCCUGGCUGCCACAUUGGACAACACCCUGAAGCUUUGGGACUACAGCAAAGGAAAAUGCUUGAAAACAUACACCGGCCACAAAAACGAGAAGUAUUGCAUAUUUGCAAAUUUUUCAGUCACUGGUGGAAAGUGGAUUGUGUCUGGCUCUGAAGACAAUAUGGUAUAUAUUUGGAACCUGCAGACCAAGGAGAUUGUACAGAAACUCCAGGGACAUACUGAUGUGGUUAUUUCUACUGCCUGCCACCCCACAGAGAACAUCAUUGCAUCUGCAGCUCUUGAAAACGACAAAACAAUAAAAUUGUGGAGGAGCGACUGCUAAGCCCCUGGAUCCUGGGAGUCCUUAUUUUAUUUUCAUUUUUUUGUACUUUCAUUUUUAUUUUAUUUUUCAAAUAUUUUUUAUUGAACACAUGGGCAGCACAGGAACUUUUACUAAAAUGUACUCACUGUUUUUCUUUUUUUAAAUGUUUUUAAGUUUAAACCAGUAAAAUAAAAACAGGAUUGAAAGAAACAAAACACAAACGAAAAACUAAGAAAAUAAGUGCUCCUCCCCCUUUCCAAAAAAGACCCCAAAUACCUAACCCCCUCCCCCACUGCUCUGACAAAGGGGCCAGCACACAAAGCCCCAAACCAUAACCAAAAAGAUUAGUGAUCCAAAAGCACACGCUAGCCACUGUUUGAAAAUGAGCAAGGGAUUGCUGGAACUUCUCAAAGUUGGAUGAAUUGUCACUCAGCUGAUUUUGAAAUCUGUCCAAAUGUAGUGUUUGCAAAUUCACUGAGCCAUUAUUUAGACUAUGGGACAUUUUUCUUUUUCCAUUAGCAAAUAAAAUCUGAAUUCCCCUUUUCUAUGACUAAAAAGUUAGUAGUUGGGGCUUAGAUAGACUUUAUGGACUUAAACUCACAUAAUAGUGGAUCUGGGUGAAGCGGAUCUCUUGGAUGCUUGAGUGGGUCACAGAUUCCCGACCUGCUUAGGUUCGAGCGCAGAGAAAAGCUAUGAUGCAGUCUUAGACAUACAUGGUUGAUGUAGGGAACAUUUUGAAGCAGACUUUGUAACAGAUGAAGCAAUUUCAAACACAGAUGUUUUCUAACAAUGUCAGAUAUCUACAGAUUGGAUAUAAUUGUAACGUUAACUGUCCCAGAAGUAACGAACUGGCAUAACCUUCUUUACAUAAAUUGAUCUAUGUAUGAAUUCCAAAGCCUCUCCGUUGCAAAAUGUUAUUGUUAAGGUUACAAGGAGCAAAAGACAAGCUUUGUUGUAAGGUCAACAUGCCCUUUAAUUUGCUUCCAGAUUUGCUUCCAGGCAGUGUUCUAUGUAUGAAAGGAUUAUGUUUAUAAAGUGAUUUCUCCAGUGUGACAGGAGACAAGAACAUUGUGCCAGUAGCAAAGGGGUGGCAUUCCUCACACUCAAUUACAAGCCAGCAGGAGGUAGCCAGAGUGCUAUCUAGCUAAAACAUGACAGCGUGGAUGUUAGUAGCACAAUAAUAAGAUAUUUAAUUUGGUAGAACUAAUCCUCCCUUCAUCUUGGAUUUGCAAAGGUCUAUUUUACCUACCCUGUUAUUUGUAAGACCAUAUAAGUGGAUUGAUGAAUGAAUCCAUUUUUUUAAUAAAUGCCGUAAAAAUAGGGAUAUUCUGUAAAAGGUCAGGUAAUUGCAAAAAGAGAAGACGUUUGUUUUUCCAGAAGGGUUAUUGUGAGGGUUCUCUAAAAUUGUCUUGUGUUUGCCCAACAGUGGGAGGAAGUACACUUCUGUCAUUUCAAUUACUAUAUAAGUACUUUUGUCUCGGGCUAUCUUAAAUGUGAGAUUUUGGCUUAGAGUGCUUUUGCAUUCAUAUGACCAUUUGUUUUCUCGUGUUCCUGUUAAUUCUACAUUCAGAGAAAGUUCUAAAUAAAUGAACAAAGUCCUGUAUGGGUUACUGGCUUGGGAUUCAGUUACAUAGAGGACAAUAGCCACAUAUAGAGAGAUUUGAAGUCUCGUUAGUGUCAUAACCCAAUAUACCAGAGACCUUAUGGUUUGAGUGCAAGGUUCAAUGGCCAGGGCCAAAAGCUGUGGUGAAAAUGAACAAUUCUCAACUAUGUUUUAUGAGAACAUCCCCAAUGUUGCAUUUCUCUCUAACCAAAAACAGAUUAUGUUCCACUUGGCCAAGACCUUUUUUCACAUUAAGAUAUACAACAGCAAGGUCCAAAUUAGGUAAUGUUUGAGAACAUUAUCUUGAAGUCAACAGAAACAUAAUGCUUGGGUGUAAAGAGUUUUCCCCACUGAAAAUCUUAAGUUUGAUGAUCAGUUUUUGCUAAAAUUUUCAGGUCUGUUCUGUGUUGCUAAAUCUGACAAUUUUAGUGGAACGUGAUUGCUUUCUGAGUGGUCAUUUUCAUAGUUAAUACAAAUUCUCUACGAUUCUUCCUAUUCCCUAGAUGGAUUUGACUUUCUAGUUCCACGUUUUCCCUUAGUUUCUAUUAUGUAUGUUGUCAUUGAGUUAAAACGUUUAUUUUGGCUUUCAACUUUGCAUAGAACACUCUGGAGCUUUUUCUUUGGCCCCAUGUCCCUGAGUCUCAAAGAGAAGGUAAGUGGGCUGGAAUCUGAGUUUCUAUGUCAUGGUGUUUUGUUUUCUAGGAGUAGGGAAGUAAUUUUGGUUUAAGCAAAAAGUAAUUAAUGUCUAACCAUGCACAGGAGUGAACGUUGUAUUCUCUGCUUGUGGGGUAAAUAGAUAAGAGACCUCAUAGAUUUAUGGUUUUAGGAAUUAGCUAGGGUUAGAAACACAAUGAGAGAAGGAUUGAAAUACCUUUUUUGUCAGGAGGGGUUUAGUUAGCCUCGUCAGUAUUACCAGAAUUGUUACUCUGACAGAGAAGAUGGGAGUACACUUGACCCAUCCGUCUAAGCCUGUUGUGGUUGUUUUUUGUUAGAAUGUAUUAUUGGAGGACAAGGACAUCAAAGGGGCUGUAACUUUACCUCUUUGGCCUGUGAUGACCCUUCAUGUUCCAGAAGUAGUAAUCAUGCCCUGCCCUCAUUUUUAUCGGUCAAGGAAUCAUACAUAGCGUGUGUUUCAAUAUAGAUGACGCAGCUCCGUGCCCGAGCGAUCUUCCUUAUCCUCGCAUUUAACUUGGUUAAAUGUCCAAAACUAAUACAUGUGCAUUCGACCACUGAACCUUACAAAGUAGAAAAGGGAACUGGAUUCCACCACAGCUAGGAAGGUGCUCAAAUUACGACAUUUUAAUAAUUUUGGCUAUCCUCAGUUUAAUGGAGAAACAGCCAUGUCAGCGUAAAACCUCUUGAACUAUUCCUGGACAUGGUGAACAGACCGAACUUGACAUUAGCAUGACUAACCAGAGUCUCGGCCAACUGGCUGGAGAGGAAGUCCGACUGAGUUCCUCUUGCUUCAGGUAUGGCAAUCAGUCAAGCAUUGCUGCGUUUAGAACAGCUCUAUAACAUCAACUAUUAGCUGUUGGUUGUUUUUCUCCAUUGGAGGGUCAUCUGCUUUUCACCUUCUCAAUAUGUGUUAAAUAAUACUAUAUUUCAACUCCCUUUCAAAGUCAGUGACUUGCUGAGAAUGUAAUUCCGAUAUUUUGGCAAUGGCAUACAUUUUUGCAUUUAGUCUGUCUGGCUAUCUUGAAGUCCUUUAAUUCUACAGAGCUGCAGUUAGCAGGGUCUGUUAUUUUUGCCAUGUGGUAUGUCCAUGACUGGGGCAAGUGCCUCUGAUAUUAUGCUGGUCAGUAUAAAUCUCCACUAAAGUUGCACUAUUGAUUCAAAACAUUUAUUACAAGAGGUGUGAAUACAAAACAACAUAGCUUGGUAUUUGUUUUUGUAAUCGAGUUUAGGAGCCAAGCUCUUACCAUCUGGCACGCCAUUCAACCGAAAGUCUUGUACUUUCAUUUGAAGAAAAUGACUUUCUAGCUGGUUUCAGAAUGCCUUUAGGACCAAGCCUCAACUAGAAGAACGAAAUGUCCAGAAAAUCACAACCACACACCUACUCUUAUAGAUCCAGAGCAAAGCCCAACCACCCCAACCCUCUGCUUGGUCUUGCUUGUGUUCUUAACAUGCUGUAAUAUGUCUGCCUUACUCUUGCUGUGAGCUGGAUGUUUGUGUUGAAUCAAUUUAAAUAUGAAACUCCAAACUGUUCCCAUGUUAUAUUAUUCUUUAUUCUGUCUUUGUAUGUUUUGGUAUUGAUACAUGUUCUGUUUGUUAUCCCCAUUGAGCCGGAUUUAAUUAUAUUCUCAUUGGCCCACUGUAAGGUGCCUUUCCUUCA